AGGACAUCGCUGUGAUCGUAAUAUUAACGAUUGUGCUUCGCAUCCAUGUUUGAACGGAGCCGUCUGCCAUGACAGAGUAAAUGGCUACCAUUGUGCUUGCAGCGAUACUUUUGUCGGAACGAGAUGCCAAUUUGCAGUCGACCUCUUUGCCCCACAACCAAUGGAGAAUCAUCCGUAUUCAUUCAGAGACAGCACACGGGCCCACCACAUUCACAGUAUUUACAUCCUCGGUGGAACGCUAGGAGGAGCUUUGGUAUUUGUUCUUAUCAUCCUUGGAACAUGCUACUGUCGCUUACACAGAUCCUAUUCAAAGAUAUGGCACCGGAGACCGCGUUACAGGCGUCACAGAGAUGAAUGUACCAAGCUGACCCUUGACAUCAGCAAUUUGAACAACGCACGCCCUUCAAUCGAUGCCGUCUGGGAAGCCACAUUAUCAAGCUACCAGGAUAACGAUACCUGGCUUCCAUCCAACUCAUCUCUACCCGUAUCCACCCGUGUACCCAAUGGUGCUGUAGAGGAGACAACUAACGAAGAGGUUUCACCGAAACCUUCCGCACAAAAUAACCUUAAUAGUUACCUUAAAUUGUAAACUUCACUGGAAUUUUGUGAUUUCUCAGACAGAGAAAGAAAACGAAAACAUAAAAAACACACAUUCUCACCAAUUACGUACGUUGAGAAUGUAGACUUAUACAAUUACAUAAGCACAUAUAUGUACAGACAGACACACAAACAUACACACGUAUAUACACGCACACAAACUCGCAUAUAUAUAUAUACAUAUAUAUAUAUAUACACGCACAUACA